CAAUGAAUAUAUGAAAACAUAUAAGAAAAGACUGGCUAAGUAAAACAAUGGGCUUUGAUGUGAUUGGCCACUGGCAGAUCUGAAGAGUCAUGCUGUACUGUAUCUCCACCUGACAAAUCACACACAAUCAGGAACAGCACAAAAAAAGAAGUAAAAUUUAAAAGGCCCUCUUUCACCACUGCCACUGUGUUGCUAAUAACACAUGUAGUCUGCUGAAGGUAUGUUGGAGCUCUGCGUUUCGGCUGUCCAGUGGUGAGCAGUCUGCAAUAGGGCAAAGGAGACCCUUCAGCGUUCAUUUGUAGAGGAAAUUUUCUUAGUUAUGCAAUGGCCUUGGCAAAAUUUUGAAAGACUCAGAAGCCCUGCAAGCGCGGUAUAUUUCACAGAGAAGACUUAAUGCUCCAUGCAUACAGGAUGGAGGGGUACCUCAUUCCACCUCCAUUAGAAGAAAUGAUUCCCUAUGACCCAGACAUCUAUCGACCACCUUUAGAAUAUUAUCCAUACUCCAACAGUGAUGGAGAAAGUCAUGGAGAUUACGGCUGGGACCCCCAUCACAUGCCCCACGGCGAGUUUGAGACCCCCCAACAAACCCACUUCACAGAACUGCAGAGUGUGCAACCCUUACACAUCCCCCUGCACCGGUAUACAGAUAUGGAGCCCAUGCACUCCACCAUAGACCCUGGCCUUGGGCCUCAUCACCUGGCAUUACCCCCGCAGAUGCCGUAUUUCUCUCGUAACCUGUGCUACCCCCAUCCGUCCCCGGCCCAGCGGAGCACGGACGAGGAGGACCCCGGGGGCCACAGCCCCCCCUUCGAGGUCUCGGAUGGAGAGGAGCUGGUGGACCGCAUCCCCUGCACCUCCGGGAUAGAGUCAGGCAACAAGAAGAAGAUCCGGCUGUACCAGUUCCUGCUGGACCUCCUGCGGAACGGGGACAUGAAGGACAGCAUCUGGUGGGUGGACAAGGACAAGGGCACCUUCCAGUUCUCCUCCAAGCACAAGGAGGCCCUGGCAAACCGCUGGGGCGUGCAGAAAGGCAACCGCAAGAAGAUGACAUAUCAGAAGAUGGCCCGGGCCCUGCGGAACUACGGCAAGACAGGUGAGGUGAAGAAGGUAAAGAAGAAGCUGACCUACCAGUUCAGCGGGGAGGUGCUGGGGAAGGGGUCCAGCGAGAGGAAGAUCUAUCCGCACCUGUGAGGCCCAGCAGAGUCCACACCUGCACGUCACUGCCAGCGGAGAGGCCAGCUAACACAGAAACCACAGCAGCACUUUAAAAUCAUUGGCUGCAAAUUCCCUGCAAUUGAUUCGCCCCAGUGAUCAUUAGCAGAAUUGGCGGUUAUUAUUUCAAAGAGUUACUGAUCUAAAUAUUUUGUGGUACCAUUCAUAUUUCUGUAAUGCAAUACUGUCUUUUCUUCUGUUAAAAUAUUGUAAAUAGCAUUAAUUCUGUGACAACUGAAGACCCAUGGUUCGUGUCGCGUAUAGUAAGAGUAAGAUGUAGCAGUGCACCAUGGGAAAUGGCUGAAGAUGAAAAAGAGAAGUGAAAAUGACACAGCCUCACACAGCCUCAUGGUUCAGUCUGCCACAGCACGAUAUCCAUCUUUAUACUGCCCCCACCUGGUUAAACAUAACUGUCGUACAAUUGAGUCGUCCUGAGAAGUUCUGCACUGAAUUUAUACUAAGCUAGGUAGUAUUUGGUAUUUGUUUUCGCCAAACCCAUUAUGGAGUGUGCUUUUGGGUGAAAAAAGAUAGGAUUGAGAGAACGUUCCCCGACAUUACUCAACGAAAGAGAAAGUUCCCCGACUCAAUGAAAGCAAAACAUGCAUGCAGACAAGGCUACCGUCUUAAUUUCUUUGGAGUAUUGAAUGAAUGAAUCUGUUUAUUGAUAUAUCAUUGAAAAUAUUAGUGCAUUAAAAGCACACUGCAGCAGUGCUGAAAACAGACAUAGUAAGUUCAUACACUGUAUUUAUAGUGCCCUCCAAAAUGAUUUGCAUCCUUGACAAAGAUGAGCAAAGUCAGUAUAAAAUAAUAAUAAUAAUAAUAAUAAUAAUAAUAAUAAUAAUAAUAAUGUGUACAUGAUAGAAAAGAAAAAUGCAAUUCAAAACAGGCAUGGUACCAUGGUUGUAACAAAUUGUAACUAAUUGUAUAAUACAUUAAAUUAUAAUGAAAAUUUAAAAAAAGUAUAAAGAAGUUACAAAUGAGUAAUUAUAAUUGUAAAUAAAAGAUUAUUACAAAAACAGAUGAGAUCAACUAAAUGCAUUUUUAUAAAAAGGAGUUUUAACUUACAGGCGCAGGUCAUGUGCUAUGACUAAAAUGGUCAUUUUUAUUAUUUUAUUUUAUUUUAUGAAAAUACAAUUGCUCAGGGAAAAAUAUGUUGUUCAACAAGCAAUAUACACUCAGUGAGCACUUCAUUAGGUACACCUGUACACCAGCUUGUUAAUGCAAAUAUUGAAUCAGCCAAUAAUGUGGCAGCAACUAAAUGCAUAAAAGCAUGCAGACAUGGUCAAUAAGUUCAGCUGUUUUUCAGACCAAAUGUCAUAAUGGGGAAGAAAUGUGAUCUAAGUGACUUUGAUCGUGGAAUGAUUGUUGGUGCUAGACAGGAUGGUUUGAAUAUCUCAGAAACUGCUGAUCUCCUGGGAUUCUCAUGCACAACAGUCUCUCGAGUUUACAGAGAAUGGCAUGAAAAAUGAAAGAGAUCCAGUGAGUAGCACCAAAAAUGCCUUGUCACUGAGGUCAGAGGAAAAAGGCCUUAUUGGUCAAAGCUGACAGGAAAGUGACAGCAAUGCAAAUAACCACACAUUACAACACACAGAAGAGCAUCUCUGACCACACAAUGUGUCAAACCUGAGUGGAUAGGCUAUAGCAGCAAUAUGUAAAAAAAAAGAAAAGAAAGUUGAAUAAAUACCUAAUAAAGUGCACACUGAGUGUAUAUUUUGUUAUCCUAUUGAAGUACUGAACACAGGGGUGUGGCUUUCCUGGGAAAUAAAUGUAUUACUUGAGAAGUGUUGUUUUGGUUCAUUCCAUUGAAUUGUAAUUUAAUCAUUAUAUUUUCCACAUUUUCUAGUUGACAUAAAGCUGAAUUAUUGUAUUUUUGUAUUUUCUGUUCAUCUACGUGAAGGGUGUGAAUCAUCCCUACAAUACACACUGCCAUAUCGUCAACUUCACACUAAGGUGUUGACCACAGUGCAUUUUAGUAGCAAUGAGGGCAAUUCAAGAACAUUUUGACAAAUAUAUCAGUUCAAUUAUUUUCAUUUAAAAACUGUAAAGUUGUAAUUGAAUAGUGUUUUUGGUAUAAUAUCUCUCUACUAAUUAUUAUUAUAUUAUUAUUAUUAUUGUUAAGGCAUACAGUGGCUGAAUACAUGUAAUAAUGUUCCUUGGAAUGUAAUUCAUGAACUAUUUAUUAAAUAAAAAAUCUUUACAUUAAAAUGUGAUUUAUUACCACGGGGUGUAUCUAGGGCUGUAACAGUACACGUAUUCGUAACAAAACCAUUUGGUAUUUGGUCUGGGACCAUAGGUUCAGUACCAGGUACUGGACUGUCGGUUUUGUGCAGUGUGCGCUGCAAGUAUAACAUUUAAAGUCUUGCUUUGAUGCACAUGUAGAACUUUACUGGGCUUAAAACUCAUUUAGUGCCUAAUUAGUGUACUAAUGACUGAACAUUGGCUAAAUUGUUGUUAGUGCCGAACUACGUCAGUAUGGAACAUUAAAAUAAGAAGCCUCAGCUUGAGAGCCCUCCAUGUCAUUCAUCCAGUAAUGUUCACCUAAACUCAGUCACAGGCAAUAUGUAAAACCUGCUGAGCAAUUUCAUAUGGUACCACCCCAAUAUGUCUGUUAAUGAGGCCAGAGAUCUGCUUAACCAGUUGUAGAGAGUGCCAGUAUUAAACUUAUGUGAACCCGCA